AUGAGCUUUCAAUCACUCAAUCCUGAAUUAACAGCUAAAGUUUUAUUGUUGGCUAAUUUACAACGAAAUUUAAAUGUCUCUUCACAAAAGAUUUCGGCUAUGUUAGCUGCAUUAACUCCAUCAUCAACUGCGAAUACUAUGCCAAUACAUCAAUCAACAUCGACAUCUCUCGCAACAUCAAACAAUAAUAUAAUGAACUCACGAGCAGUCAAUUCAACAGGAAAUAUACGUUCAAAUGGAUCCAGUUUUGGAUGGGGAAAUCGAGAACGUAAAAUGGAAGAAAAUUGGCGUAUGCAAAAUCGAAAUAUUUAA